AUGGCUCUCUCGACCACAUCGACAUUGUCGCAAACCAUCAUCGCUCAGCAGCCCAUUCACAUAAGCGUCCAAGUAGACGAAACAGACUCUGGGUAUGCGUCGCUAAAUUACCAGUCCCUAGUAUGCCUCCAGUGCGGCAAGUCGUUCAAGAACAAGGCCGAAGAGAAAAAGCAUUCGUCGACACACAGUCGGCCCUUUAAAUGUGGUGUCAAGAACUGCACAAACACGAAAGGUUUCGCGACAUCAAAUGAUCUGGAAAGGCACCAGAAGGAUAUCCAUCUGAUCAAGCCAAAACACGGACCCCAGUCAUACUACAGAUGUGUGCUACCAACUUGUUCCAAGCGCGAAAAGAUAUGGUCUCGGAAAGACAACUUCAAGGCGCAUAUCGGCCGAAUGCACAAACACAUAGGCAUGGAUAUCGACCAGCUUGUCGCAAGAUCAGAGAUGACACCGACACCAGCAGAGAUGGCGCAACUUGCUCGUGCUAAGAGUGCACAAGCAUUGAACAGAAGUAAAGGAAAGCAACGCGCCAACAAUCAGUCGGGACAAGCAACAAUGCCACAGCAUGUCGAGACUACAGCACAGCCCGAAGCAGCACAGGUAGCGAUACCGCUUUGGCAGACGAAUGUUCCAGGCUACUUGGAUGACAUGCCUGAUGAAGCGGCCGAUAUGGUGACUUUGGUCAGGCCAAGCAGAAUUGUAAACACUCUGGUCCCCAAUGUGGUGCUGAAGUAUCCGAACGGCUUGCCAGCCACACAGUACGGAUACGAUGGGGCCAGUGGUCGACACAACAGCGCGGAUGGAGGAUGGGAGGAUAUGUCAGAUUGCAACUUUGCGUAUUCACAUGAGAGUUCGGCGUAUGGUGGAGGAACGAGCGAUUUUGGUUGA